UCAACCACAUUUGUGCGGAAUCGGUGAAGAUGAUAUAAAUUUGACGCAAUUUUAUGUAUUCUUCGCUAACAGCUAUUACAAAGUAGGAAAUUUUGUGAAGAGCAUAGAUGUUUGCUUAAAAUUAUUCGCAACGUUAGAUUUAGAAUACCCAGCAGAAUGCAAACAAGUGUGGGAGUUUUUGGUGGAAUAUUUCUUUAAUUUAACACACGAAAACUUGAGCUGUGUCAUCGCUUAUUAGCGAUCUCUCUUAAUUUAAGAAAUAAUAAUCUGUUUUGUCUGUGGUGAAAUAUUUUUCAAUGUGAAAAGUUAUUCACACAUCUGCAAUAUGUUCAUCAUAAAGGUGCUGUAGAUUAUUUCCAAUGCUGUUUUCUAGAGUGUAAACAUAAAUUUGAUGAUUUUAAGUCAUUUCGUCGCCAUAUGAGAAAUGAGGAAAAAAAGCAUGGACAUACAGAUAGUGAAACUGCAUUUAAUAUUUCUAUUGAUUCUGAAAUCAAUUCAAGUCCAAAAAAAAGAAAAAUAGAAAACAGUACUGAAAAACCAACAUCAAAUGUAAACUUAAAUUUGUUAAAAGAAAACUGUUUAAAAUUUACAUUAGAAAAAUAUUCCAGCAACUACUUGCACCGAAAGGAAAUAACGUUACUACAAAAAAAUAUAACAAAUCUUAUAACUUGUCCAAUUAGUGGGGAAUUGGAAAAAAUUGUAAAAAAAAUUAGAGCCAGAUCAUAGCGAAGUUCGUGAGAAUUUAAAUGAGCUAAUAUCGUUUUGUAAGGCACCAUUCGCCAGUUUUUCUUCAGAGCAUUCAUUUGUUAAAACGUUAUUAGAUUCAGAUAUGUACGAAAAACCUUCUGUAAUCCAAAUUGAUAAUUCACUUUCUAACUUGGUUUCAUGUAAUUUCAAAGCAUAAGACGAAUCAAUAGCAGCAUGUGUUUUGUUUCCAAUAAAAUUCCAACUUAAAAAAUAUUUUGAAUUACCGGAAGUGUAUGAAAAAUUUCAAAAUAAUAAAGCUAUUUUAUCAAGAAGUGUCUCACCUAAAAAUUUUAUAAAUGGAUCGCUUUGGAAGCGAAAAUUCCAAAAUUCUGAACGUAUUAUGUUUCCUAUUUUCUUGUAUUUCGACGAUAUAGAAUUAAACAAUCCCUUAAGAUCUCACAAAGAGCCUAUUUUAGCAGCUUAUUAUUCUUUGCCUUCAGCACCUACUUGUUUAAAUCAUAAAUUAAAAUUCAUUUUUCCAGCAGCUUUAUUUAAAUCAAAAGACGUAAAAAAAUUCGGUAAUGAUCGAUGUUUAUACAAAUUAAUUGAAAUAUUUAACGAUUUAGAACAAAAUGGAUUGCAAAUAAAAGUAAAUAACCAAGUUGAAACUAUUUAUUUUGCACUAGAUCCUGUUUUGGGUGACAACUUGGCUCUGAAUUAUAUAUUAGGUUUUUCACGAUCUUUUUCUUCUAACUAUUUUUGUAGAUUCUGUAAAACAUGCAAAACAGAAUGCCAAAAUGAAGCUCAAGAAGUUUCUGACAAGCUACGCAACAAAGAAAAUUAUUAUUCUGACGUUCAAAUUAGUAACGUACAACUAACAGGUGUCAGAGAAAAUUCGAUUUUCAAUAAAUUGCAUAGUUUUCAUGUUAUUGAAAAUUUCGCCGUCGACCUUCUGCAUGAUCUUUUUGAAGGCGUUCUCAAUUAUGAUUUAUGUCACAUAAUAAUGUAUUUUAUUGAAAAUAAGUUUUUUGAUCUAGUCUUUUUAAACUGUCAAAAAGCUAAUUUCGAUUAUGUUUUAACUGAAAAAGGCAAUAAGUCACCGCCACUCAAAGCAGAACACCUAAAGACCUACUUUAAACUUAAAAUGACCGGGAGAGAAAUGAUAUACGUUGAAACCUAA